AUGUCCAAUCAGGAAUCCAUGUCCGUCUCUGUCGUUCUUUCCGAUUCAAUCGAUUCCCUUUGGUCCGAAUGCUUCAAACUUGGCCACGAGAUGAUUCUGACUUGCACCGGCCGUCGCAUUUUCCCCCUUCUCGAGUACAAAAUCGAGGGUUUGGAUGCAAAUAAGAUGUAUUCGAUCUGUCUUCACCUCGACUUGGUCGACAACAAGAAGCUGAGAUUUUCCAACCGAUCUUGGAUCGAAACGUUAUCGCCAGAAAUGAAGCGGACUCCGAAAAGAGUGUGGCAUCAUAGCGGAGCCAUGACCGGCAGGUUUGUUUUCACUUUUCGCCUUCAAUUUAAUAAAUGUUCUGUUUCAGAGAUUGGAUGGAAAAGCCUGUCAGCUUCGAUCAGGUCAGAAUCACGAACAAGCUGUCGAAAGAGGAAGAGAACCCGAGCUACAUCCAUCUGCACACUCAACAUCGUUACAUUCCGGUGCUCAGCAUUUACGAAAGCGUCUGCGAAGCGAACGAAACGGAGAAACUUGUCUCGACGCACCGAAUCACGCACAGUCAGUUCAUCACCGUCACCGCCUAUCACGUAAGUUUCCCAGUCUUCAAUUGCAUUCCAACCGAACCUCUGCCUUUGCAGAUGCCCGAAAUCAACACGCUAAAGACGAACAACAACCCGUACUCGACUGGCUCCCGGAAGGACCGCCGUCGUGGAAACCAGUCUCCGUCGUCCUCUUCCUCUGAGGAAUCUUCCCGCAAAGGCAGUGUGUCCCCGCCGCCGGCCAAGAAAAUCAAGGAGGAGACGGCAUCUUCUCCGUUCCCGAUCCUCGCUCCUCAGCCAGAUUUGAACAUGCUGCAGGUCAUGUUCUACUCCCAAAUGGCCUACUCGAUGCAGCUUAUGAACCCAAUGUUCUCCCAAUUCUUCCCAUAUUUUCCCUCUCCGAAUGUGACUCCACCAUCAUUUUCGCCGCCUGUCGAAAAAGAAGAAAAAAGUGCUUCUGAAGCGGAAGAGAUUAUUGACAUUAUAUUCUGA